GCCCGAACUGGCGGUGGUCACACUAAUGCCCACGUGCGUUUUGUUUGGCCUCAGCCGGCGCUAAAUUCAACCGAAAUCACCUGCAAUUCCAAGGAUUCCUCGGUAAACAAGAGAUCAAAUACCGCAUCACCAUGGUCUUCUUCACGUGCAACAUCUGCGGCGAGUCGGUAAAGAAACCGGCGGUGGAGAAGCACUACCAGAUGCGUUGUCGCGGCAAUGACAAGAACGUGUCCUGCAUGGACUGCCUGAAGGACUUUUACGGCGAGGAGUACGUGGCACACACCAAGUGCAUCUCAGAGGCCCAGAAGUACGCCAGCCAAAGUCAGGGCUUCGCCGCGAAGGAGCCGCGCAACAAGAAUGCUCAGAAGCAGGAGAGUUGGAUGGAUAUUAUCCGAUCGAUCCUUGACAGCAGCGAGUACAAUCUAACUCCGGCCGUUCGAUCCGCCUUCCAGAAGCUUCAGAGCGUCGACAAUGUGCCCCGCAAGAAGGCCAAGUUUGAGAACUUUGUGGGAAACUGCAUGCGCAUGCCUCGCAAUCAGGCCACCCAGGUGUGGGAUAUUCUCGAGAAGGAACUGAACAAGAUGAAGGAGGCAAAGCAAACGGAGCUGGCAAGGGCCAAGGCGGAGAAGGUGGCGGAAAUACAGCGGCAGCAGAAGGCAGAGGCCGAGGAGGAGGAGGCGCCACCCAAGAAAAAGGCCAAAGUGGAGGCCACAGAAGACGCUGCUAGCGAGGAGACCGUUAAUGGCAUUACGAGCGACUUCGAUUGGGCCGCUCACCUGACUAAAAUCGUAACUAAGCAAUCGGAUGGCAUUUUCCUGGAAAAACUUCGUAAAAAGCUGCUUAAGAAGUAUUCUAAGCAUCUGUCCGUCGAGGAGUUGACUGCAAAACAGGCCAAGAAGUUUCAGAAACGGUUUUUAAAGCAAUUAAAGCUCGCCGAUUCCUUGCAGGUAGACGGCGAUUUAGUCAAGAUUGCUAGCUAGCCGAAUAUCCCACCUUUAGUCAUAGUUAAAUUAUAACAGAGGACAAUAAACGUGUAAGCUGCAAA